AUGAUGAGACGUUUAGUAACAUUAACAGCAAAGAAGAAUUUCUUGCCAUCAUCAAUUUGUUCUUUCAAUAAUUAUUAUACAAAUAUUAGAAUUUUGGAUAAAACUGCUACAACAUCAUCCGAACCUGUCGAUGUACCAGUUUUGAGUGGAAAGACUUUUACUGAAGAUCAAGUUACCGAACGUAUUUUGAACAAAUUAAAACAAUAUAACCAACUCACUGAAGAUGUUGCUAUUGAUGUAGACCUUGAUGAAUCUCAACGUGCCGCACAAGAAGAAGCCAACAAACGUACAUAUAGAAGAGAAUACGAUCUUUUGUGGGAAGAUGAAAGAGAACCACAAUACUUUAAAAACUCAGUUCAAGGAAAGAAGAUUGCCGAUAUACCAUGUGUUUUUGAUAUGGUUCCACAACUUGCCGAUAGAAUUUCACCAGUUAUUACCAAGGCUGAAUUGGAAGAAUUGUUGAAAAAACCUAAGGAUGUUUACAAUUAUAUGGUAGUAGACGUUCGUUCUGCUUUCCGUGCUUUGGACUAUAUGAUACCAGGAGCAGUCAACAUUCCUUUCACUGAUAUUAAAGAAGGUGCUGUCGGAUUGAAGGCUGAAGCUUUUAACAAGAGAUAUGGUGCACCAUUACCAGAAGCUUAUUCCAAUAUUAUUUGUUACAGUGAUUCUCCUGCUGAAAGUGAAGCUGCUUGUAUGAUUUUGCAAGAAAUGGGAUUCCAAAACACUUUGAACUAUAGAGGAGGAUGUUCUGAAUGGUUCGGAAAUGAAUUCAAGAUUUUGUGGAGAAGAAAGAAAUUACACAAGAUUACCGGAGAAAGAAAAUCCAACAUGAUGAAACUUAAGGAAAAGUCAAAAGAAAAGUUGUCGAAUACCAAUAAGGAAGAAUAA